AUGACGCGUGCGGCAUCCUCGGCGCCCGUUCGUGUGCGCUUCGCACCGUCGCCAACGGGGUACCUGCAUGUAGGCGGGCUGCGCACCGCAUUGUUCAACCAUUUGUUCGCAAGGCACAGCGGAGGAGUAUGGGUGUUGCGCAUCGAGGACACGGACCAGUCGCGGUAUGUGCCGGGAUCAGUCGAGGCGCUACAGGACACGCUUGCAUGGGCGGGUCUCGACUACGACGAGGGACCCGGAAAAGAAGGUUUGUAUGGCCCGUACCGCCAGUCGGAGCGCUUGCCAAAGUACCGCGCGUACGCAAAACGGCUUCUUGGCGCCGGGCGUGCGUACUGCGAUUUUCGCGCGCAGAAAAAAAAUCCGGACGUUACAGCGGCACGCUCGUCUGCAUUACUCCGCGACGCGUACCUUCCUUCCACAGAUGAGGAAACGCAAGCGCGCAUUGCGCGGGGCGAGCCCUACGUCGUUCGCCUCAGAAUGGAUCCGGAGCGCACAUUCAGCUAUAUAGACGGCGUAUUUGGGCAAAUGAACUUUCGUCCCGAUGCCGUCGCCGGGCGUACAGACGACCCCAUUCUUCUGAAAAGCGACGGCUGGCCAACGUACCAUCUUGCGAGUGUGGUCGACGAUAGCGAGAUGCGGAUAUCGCAUGUAUUGCGGGGCGAAGAGUGGCUUCCGUCCAUGCCAAAGCAUCUUGCGCUGUACGAGGCGAUCGGCGCAGCGCCGCCGCAGUUUGUGCACUUGCCGUUGCUCGUCAAUGCGGAUGGGAGUAAGCUGUCCAAGCGGUCGGGGGAUGUGCGCGUGGAAGACUACCGAACCAGGGGAGUCGAGCCCGAGACGCUGGUUAAUCUCUGCGCACUUACGGGCUACAAUCACCAGCCCAAUGGUGCAGACACGACGAGUUCCGAUGUCAUGUUCAUGGACCAGCUUGCUGCCCAAUUCUCCCUCGCGCGCAUUUCGCAUUCGCGUGCGACGCUGCCGAUGGACAAGCUUUCUUUUCUUAAUAGGCGGCACAUUGCGCAAAAGCUGCAUGAUGCAAUGCAGCAGCCAGGCGGCAAAGCACACACGGCGAUGCUUGCGCGCCUGCGGCCUCUGUUUGCCGAGGCACUGGGCGUGUCAGCGGCAGAUUGGCCAGAUACGUACAUACUUCAGGCUGCCGGACUCGGAUGCGAACGAGUCGAUACCCUCGCCGAGAUUCCAACGCAGAUGGACUACUUGUUUCACGAGUCUGCAUGGGACGCGAAUGAAUGCGUCAAGUUUCGCGCAAGUAUUCCAGAUGAAUCGUUCGCCGCUGUGCUUACCAAGGCGCGCGACUUUUUCGACGCGAUGCGCUCCGACGAGCCAAUCCAUGCGCAGCUGCAAGAGUGGAUGCAAGACCUUGCUCCUUGCGUAGAUGGCGGGCGUGCGGCUAUUCAAAAGUCGCUUCGCAUUGCACUUACAGGGCGACGGGUGGGUAUCAUGUAUGAACACUAA